AUGCUGUGGACUGACCGCGCCCAACAUGGGGAGUACCAUCAAGACAACCAUCCUGGUUAUGCUGAUAUCUACGAAUGGCAAACAACGAGCCGUUCCAUACCGUUGCCUCUGAAACAAGAAUUUUAUCUGAUGCACGCCGUGUGCGCCUCCUUUCCUAACCAUCUCACUAAUUUUUGCGGCAACGAUCCCAGUGGGACCUAUACUUCGCGUAUCGAUCUGGAAGCGGCUGGUAAAGCCAAGAUGUACUCUAUGAUUCGUGAAGCUUGGGCUAUACGUCCGGAUAGGCAAUGGUACUUCUUCUACGAGCCCGAUACAUAUAGCGUAUGGGGAAACUUGAACUCCUCGUUGCCGUCCUAUAUUAUCAAUCCUGCAGAACGUGGCGGCGGGACUGAGUUUGCUGUUGGCUAG